UUCGCGAGUUGCGAGUUCGCGACUCGUUUCGGAAAAUCCGGAUCUGUAAAUAAUUUAAAUUUAAUUUUUGUAGUUAGUUGCAGUGUGUGAACGGGAAGUGAUGGACUUAAAAUGAAAGCACUCCAAAACUUAUUCCCCAAUAAAGAGGGAUUUAUUGUAUUUGCUUUGUACAUAAUAUUAUUUGUAUUUCAAGGUGUGCUCGUGACUGCAUCUAAGAACGCAAAUGGAGGAUAUUCGUAUAACACAACCCUGGUGGUGUUUCUGACUGAGCUGCUCAAACUUGUGGCUUCCGCCACACUCUACUCGUAUAGACGAAAUGAAAAACCCCACAUUUUCCGAGCUGUGGCCCUGAACUACAAGUUGCUGCUGCUGUACUUCAUCCCGUCGCUGCUGUACUGCUUCUACAACAACUUGGCCUUCGUGAACCUCUCGCACUACGACCCGACGUCGUACUACAUACUACUACAGUUCCGGGUCGUGCUCACUGCUAUACUUUUCCAGUGUCUGUUUCAAAAGAAACUGACGUUAAUGCAAUGGGUGUCCCUGGGCAUCCUGACCCUCGGCUGCAUACUCAAGAACUUCGACGCUGCCUCAGUCCAGUCCAAAACCGGAGAAACCGACCUCUGGUCGCAAGUAUUCAACAUCUACUUCCUAUCCAUCAACUUCCAGAAUUUCUGCUCAUGCUUAGCCGGGACUUACAACGAAUAUCUCCUAAAAACGCAGGGCGCGAGCGUAGACAUAUUUCUACAAAACGUGUUCAUGUAUCUAGACUCAGUAAUCUGUAAUUUCUUCAUACUUAUGCUUAAAGGCGAACUAGAUACGGUCUUUGACGAUUUUAGCUCGCUAGCUAAUAUUAUUGUGAUACUUAUUAUUGUAAAUAGUGCCGUUGUAGGUAUAGUGACUAGCUUUUUCUUAAAGAAUCUUAAUUCUAUAUUGAAAACUUACGCCAGUGCAUUGGAAUUGGUUAUAACAGCGGUAGUUUGUUAUUUAUUGUUUAAUAUUUUGAUCACUUGGGGCACAGUGACGUCUAUAUGUCUAGUCAGUGUAGCGGUGGGGAUGUAUAUGAAAAAUCCAGUGAAUAAUGCGAUCAUGAAUGAACCUAUGAAGGAUAAAGAUCAGAAGCCCUUGCUAGAAGAAGUCAGAACUGAACAGUAGCUACCUAUACCUACUGUAUUUUAUAAUUCUAAAAGUGGGAUGAAUUUUAAACAUUGAUAUUGAAAGCGUGGCCUCGCAUUUCUAGAUCUUAGUUAAGAGUCACACCUAGCCGCCGACAUUUAAAGAAAUUAGAGCGAGUAUAACUUUUAUAUACAAUUUGUAAACGCGUAAGCGCCAUUAAUUUGCGACGUUUUCAACCAAAAGAUACCACAUUGUCGGUAGUUUUGAAAAUUUAAGGUAAGUGGAAAUAACGCCUUAUUGAAAACCGGCAAUAAGUACCCUUUCGGUUGAAAAUGGCACAUUUUACGGCGCUUACGACGUUUUGGUCGCAUUGGUACAGGUUGCGAUUGCAUUGACAUUGGUCACGCAUAUAGGGUUGCCCUACGUCAGGAUUUCCCCUGACAUUUUUGGUCCUUUGUCAGGAUUGUGAGGGGAUUAGGCGAGCGUCAGAGUUUUUUAGAAACUCCAAAAUAACCACUAGAAGUUUGGAGUUGGGCACAAUAAAGGGAAGGUCAUGCUGUAGCUCUGAAUAUAUUACGCGAGUGCGCCUCACAAGUUAGUCUUAGGUUUAUUUUUAAAUUAGGUCAAAUCUCAACUUAAAAUGUGAAACUCAGUUUGUAUUGCACGAAUUCUCCUUUCGAUUUUUCUUCUUCUUCGUCGUAACCUCAUGACUGAGGGUCGUGACCGCCACAAGUUGCGUUUUCUUGGAUUGCUCUCCAACCUGGCCGAUCUUCUGCCUUCCGCAUAGAGCCCUGGAACUUGACGCGUGUGACUGCCUCAAUGGCAUCAAACCAGCGUGUGGGUAUUCUGCCUCUGCCUCUUCUGCCCUCAACCUGGCCACCGAUCAUCAACUUCUCUAGACUGUCGGGUUCCCGCCGGGCCAAGUGCCCAAAGAAGCCGAGGAUUCUCCUGAGACAGAUAGUAGAUAGACGGGUUUUUAUGUUGAGCUCGUUCAGAAUAGACACGUUGGUGCGAUUCGAUUUUUAUUAUAGGUAAAAUAUCUGUCUCAUUUAUAAGUACAGGUUGCAAAGACAGGGGGCUCAGAACGUAUGCGUUCUUGGGUAUAUGAGGUCUCG